AUGACCGAGACAGGCACGGCCUUUGGGAUGAUGCAGAGACGUAACGAACGCCAUAAUUUGAUUCUGGCCUUUGUUGUACAUUGCUUUCCGACCCAAUGGUCUUCGUCGGCUUGUCGAUCGUGGAUAGCAGUGCUAGCAGAACUGCCAACGGAAGUGAAGGCUCUGGAAGCCUCAAGCGCGGCAGUUGCGGCCUUGGCAAUUGGGCACAGGUUUCAGAAUCCUGCAUUGAUCCGAGGGAGCCAUAAUCUCUACACCCAGGGGCUUCAACAGUUGCAAUGUGCUUUGCGAAAUCGCCAUCUCGUGCGCGAUGACGGGACGCUUGCUGCCUGUAUGGCCUUGAGUCUUUAUGAGGCCUUGGAAUGUCCUAGUGGCGGGUCCGAUGAAUAUUUCAGCCAUUGUGAGGGGCUUCUUGCUUUAGUUCAAGCCCGUGGCGUCAAUGCGCACUCUUCGGGUGCUGGCCAUGAAUUAUUUCUUGGGGUCCGAAUUCCAGGGAUUUUGUACGCCUUAGAGCGCUGCACUACAAGUUUUCUGUCUGACUCUUCUUGGAUGAAUCAGCCCUGGGAAAAGACACCAAAGACUUUCUUCAGCCAGGUUGUGGAUUGCCUCGCACAGGCCCCCGAAAUUCUCCAACGCGUGCAUCUACUGCACUAUCUCAGCCCAGAGGAACAAGCCGACGUAUCUUAUGAAUUGAUUCAUGAAAUGCUGGCAAAUUGA